GCGCUGCACGUCAUCGUUGUUCAAACCUGGCACUAUCCAUUUUUCAGUCCGCGCUCUCCACUUUCUUGUGAGCCUUGCUGUGAAAUCAUAAGAUUUUUCGUUUGUGGUGAAUAUAGUUUGUCCCAUAGCCGUUAUGGAAGUUCCUAAAGUGCACCAUUCGAAGAGCAAAUCACGACGGUCGCGGCACAAAAACGGCAGCCCAGCUCCAACACCUGAAAAUCACCAAAAUGGAGAUACUUCCAGGGUGGAAGGUGGUACAUUGGAGGAAAAUUCGAUGGAGGACAAUACAAAGGGGGCGACUGAAGUAUCCAGUAGGAAGCAUGAAUGUGUAGAGGGUGUUGAGGAGUCUACGAAUAGAACGUCGGACCAUAUUCAAAAGGGCAUCUUGGGGUACAUCGAUCGACAAAUUGUGUCGCAGCAACGAAAACACCAAUCACUGUCGGAUCCCCAGGGUAGUCCGGCACAACGUAGUAUUCGAAGUAGGAGUAGCAUGGAGAGGAGUCCACGAAUGAAAAGGAGCAAGUCUGAGUCGAGAAGGCGAAAAGAGAGGAAGCUUAUUGCAGCUGGGGAAAUGGAGGUGCGACAGGCAAAUGAGACACUUAUGAAGUAUCUCAAACAGUGCUCUGACACCAAUGAUGCCUCCCUUUCGGGAGAUUUAGAAAUUGACAAGAAUGCCGAUAUGCAAAGGCACACAAUAAGGAAGUCAAAGUCUCAAAGAAUAGCAGGGCCUAGCUUCAGAUCUGUACCCAUGUUAUCAAGCACCUGUCCUUCUCGAUAUGACAUUACAGCUGUUUUGGAUGAACUGGGAAAUGAUGUCAUUCGCCAGAGGAAUACAAGCGAUAUCUACAAUCCUUUCACCCCAGUUGUAUCACCCACCGAUGGGCCACCCACGCGAAUCGAUAAGAUGUUCAUCCAAACUACAAGUGGUUACCGAUCGGUAGACACAAAUUUCUACAAGACAUCCCUUGAUGCUGAUCCUGAGGCUAAUAAUUGGACAUCACUGAAUAAUAGUCUAUACCUGGCAUGUGCGCUACAGUAUUUUUGGCACCUCCUAAGCAAUAUUUGUCACGGACUCUUGGGCGGCCUAGCAAUGGGGCAUCUUAUAUUUGUCUUCAGCACUACACCUCAUAGCUGGAAUAAGGACUUCUUGGCUCAAUAUGCAUUAUUUGCCGAAGUCUUCUACAAUGUUUUUUACUUUCUAGCCAUACUAUGUGUGGUAUCAGUGUUUGAUAGGAUGGAUUUAGCGCAGAUCAGCCUAUCGAAUGCUUCCAAAACCAUCUCCUUUCGCUGGAUGGUUGUUAUACUACCUAUCUACUUGGUGACUGUCAUCCUUAGCCUCUCUGGAGACACUUUCACUGAUAAAGUUUACUUUUUCAAUUACAAUAUCACCAUGAUUGAAGUUAAUAAUCCUGAAAGUAAAGUUAUUAGUAUCUGGAAUACGCUUUCAGUCGCCAGAAGUGUUGGUGCAAUUGUUGGAUGGAUUUUGGUUGCUCUUUCGCCGAUUGAUUUGCUUUAUAGUCGCUUAGCUGAAAUGGAAAAAUAUCUAAUAAAUUAAUUACAAUGCAUAGACUUCCAAAAUAAAAUUAUCCAAUAAUGAAAUAGAUGUGACCACAGUGCAAAGAUACAAGAAAAAAAUAUUACUUAAUGCCCUCAGUUAAUUUAUAGCUAUAGGGAUGUUUUAUUUAUGCGUGAUAAUACAGUCAUUACACUGAAAUACAAUAAAUAAUCUCCUAAACGUAAUAAUAAAAUAAAAAAUGAGAUACUCGGACACAAAUUUCAGGAAGAAUUCAGUUUAAUACUUUUUUUCAAUCAUUUUCUUGAAAAAGAAACAAAGAAAGAAAGAUGCCAAAGUUUUAUAAGUUGGUCUAUGAUUUUGCUUUUUAAUUUAUUUUUACUAGUAAACUGUAGCCAGCAAUCACGUGUGAACUGGGGUGCAGUGGAACAAUUCUUAACUAAUAAACUAAUUUAGAUUUUUCCCUGAUUAUAUAAAAGGAUACAACAUUAUUCUAAUUCGACUUCAUCCUAUUCAGAAAAGAAAUUUUAUAGACUUCUGUUUUCUUUAAAAAAAAAAAAGCUUAUAAAGCCUAUCUCCAAGACUCCCCUAUUGAAUUUAAAUACAAAAUGACUUAUGAUAAAAUGUAAAUCUGAAGAAUUUCAUGACUCAGUUUUCAAGAAAAAAUAAUAGCAGAAGAGCAAAAAAAAAACAUAUUUAUGUACAGUAGAAAAAUAUGUAGCAAUGCUUAGUGCUAUGUAAUAAACUGCAAGUAUAUGCACAUGUAUUAUACAUUAUAUCUUGUAAAUAUAUAAUGACUUAAAAAUAUCAUCAA